UAUUAUCUUUUGACCAAAAAGACCCUCUCAAUUUCAAAUCCCCAAACCGCGACGCACACACUGAUCGCUCCGUCAUUUUCAAAUUCACCUUCAAUCUCAGCCGUCCAAUUCAAACUUUUACCCAUUUUUAUUUUUUCAUACAAUGUCACAGUGAUGAUGCUUUAAGCUCAAAGCUAAAUCAAGAUUCAGAGAUGAAGAUUUAUAUUUCAUGAAAUUGAAAUCAAUUAAUUUUUUACUAUUUAUUUUUUGAAAGAAGUUCAGCUGAAAUCAGUCAAUUAAGAAACAAUUUCAGUCUCAAGAAAUCUCCAGAUUUUGUUCUUCAAUUCCACUUUCAGGAUGUUGAGAGAUUUCAAAUUCCUGCGACGGAAUUUCGGGAAACAAAACGAAGAAGAUAUAGAAAAUGUACCGUUAAACACUCGAGAUUCACUCACGAGUCAAGUGAGUGUUGACUCGUCGUCGUCGUCUUCUUCUUCCAGGCCUCCGUUAAACGCGAUUCAAGAGCCUAAGAUUGAGCAGGAAGCUUCUAGAACUAGUAGGAUCGACAAAACCCCUACGAAACCUAAACCUAAAAAUUGUGGAUCGUCCGCAUUGCCUCUCCGUACACCGGAUAAGCAUGCGAAACAGCAUCGAUUUGGUUGGGCUCAGAAGAACAAUAGUGAGCUUGGUGAAUUGCGUGAUGAAGGCCGAGGAGGGUUGACUAAUUUAGCUCCUAGGUCGGCGAAGAGUAAUUAUGGGAGGGCGAAUUCGGGAUAUUCGGAGUGUAAUUCGACUCAGAGUACGCCUACUAAGAGUGUUUCUAAGCCUCCGAUGAGUUCGGGGUUUAGGAGUAAGGUUGAUGGGAGUGGUACUGGAGGAAACUUAGCUGCUUUGUAUAGAGGAAUUCCGGUUUCUGGUGGUGGUUUGAGUACUACUUUUGUUAAUUCUGUUGAAGUUCCUCAUUUUGACCUUAAAGAAAAUCCAUCGUUUUGGAUGGAUCAUAAUGUACAGGCUGUCAUACGAGUGCGCCCACCCAAUAGUAUGGAGAAGAGUAUGCAUGGGUAUAACAGGUGUUUGAAACAAGAAAGUGCACAGAGUAUUACUUGGAUUGGGCAACCAGAGACUCGCUUCACAUUUGAUCAUAUAGCAUGUGAAACAGUAGAUCAGGAAAUGCUUUUUAGGAUGGCAUGUCUCCCCAUGGUGGAGAAUUGCUUGUCUGGUUACAACAGCUGUAUGUUUGCCUAUGGUCAGACUGGAAGCGGGAAGACAUACACAAUGCUUGGUGAACUUGAUGAUUUAGAAGUCAGGCCGAGCGCACAUCGCGGAAUGACACCAAGAAUAUUUGAAUUUUUGUUUGCAAGGAUUCAAGCUGAAGAAGAAAGUCGCAGGGAUGAAAGACUUAAAUAUUACUGCAAAUGCUCUUUCUUAGAGAUUUACAAUGAACAAAUUACUGAUCUUCUUGAUCCCUCAUCUACCAAUUUGCUUCUGAGAGAGGACGUCAAGAAAGGCGUCUAUGUAGAAAAUCUAUCUGAAUUUGAAGUUCAUACUGUAAGCGACAUUCUGAAGCUAUUGACUCAGGGGUCUUUAAAUAGGAAAGUUGCUGCAACAAAUAUGAAUAGAGAAAGCAGUCGGUCCCACAGUGUCUUUACCUGUGUAAUUGAAAGUAGAUGGGAAAAGGAUUCCACAACUAACCUAAGAUUUGCUAGAUUGAAUUUGGUUGAUCUUGCUGGUUCAGAAAGGCAGAAAACUUCAGGUGCAGAAGGUGAGCGUCUAAAAGAAGCUGCAAACAUAAACAAAUCGUUGUCCACAUUAGGUCAUGUAAUCAUGAUUCUCGUUGACGUGUCCAAUGGAAGGCCAAGACACGUGCCUUACAGGGACUCAAGGUUGACCUUCCUUCUUCAGGAUUCACUUGGUGGAAAUUCAAAAACAAUGAUCAUAGCCAACGUCAGUCCUUCUAUCUGCUGUGCAGCUGAAACACUUAACACACUGAAGUUUGCUCAACGAGCAAAACUUAUCCAAAACAAUGCUGUGGUGAAUGAAGAUUCCACUGGGGAUGUCAUUGCCUUACAGCAUCAAAUACGGCUUCUAAAAGAGGAGCUUUCUCUUCUAAAACGUCAAAAUGUCUCCAGGUCUUUGUCAUUUAAUUCAACUCAGGUGCAAGAUACUCCUCGCGGCGAGAACACGUGUAGAAUAGAUCAACAACAGGUUGAUGGUUCACCUGGGAUUGAAUCAGAAGGAAUUGUUAGAAUGUCUACCAAGCAGUUGAAAUCUUUGGAGGCAACGCUUGCCGGUGCAUUGAGAAGAGAGCAGAUGGCUGAGACUUGCAUUAAGAAACUUGAAGCCGAGAUUGAGCAGCUGAACCGUUUGGUUCGUCAUAGAGAGGAAGAAACCAGGAGCACAAAAAUGAUGGUCAGAUUUCGGGAAGACAAAAUUCAAAAAAUGGAGUCACUUCUUAGCGGUUCAUUUCCUCAAGAUACUUAUUUGCUUCAAGAGAACAGAGCACUCUCUGAAGAAAUUCAGCUGCUUCAAGCUAAACUAGAUAAAAAUCCUGAAGUAACUCGCUUUGCCCUGGAAAAUAUAAGGCUGCUGGACCAACUCAGAAGAUUUCAAGAAUUCUAUGAAGAAGGCGAGAGAGAUAUUCUUAUGGAUGAAGUAUUUACGCUUCGGGAACAGCUUAUUCAUUAUCUCAAUGGAAAAGCAUUACCCUAUAACCAUCCAAGUGAGGCCGGCCAAUCUCAGGAUGCUAUGUGCAAUGGCAAUGGGGUUAAGUCUCUUCAUUUAGAGCUAAAAAAUGCCCUCAAAGAAUUAGAGGACUGCAGGGGUAACCUAAAUUCUUGCUUAGAAGAGAAUCAGAAAUUAAGUAGAGAAAUAAAUGGUCUACAAUUAAUGUUAGACAAUCUGAAUUCUACUGCCCAAAGUGAAGACGUUAACAUAAAAACCAUUAAGCCUGUUUGUUACUUCCAGGAUUCCUCAGAAGCUGUAAAUUCUAAGAUUGGGUCACCUAUGAGAGCUCAGAAUAAGGUGGACAGCUUGCAUGAAGCUUCAGUGAUGAAAUGUGCAGAAGAGGUUUUAGAUUUACAGCUGGAAUUAGACAUUUUGAGGAUUAUUCUCAAAGAAGAGAGAUCAUCUUGUGAUGAAGCAGAAAACAGGACAGCAUGCUUGAGUAAAGAACUUCAGUUGGCCAAAGAAAAACUUCUGUUUGUUAGUGAACAAUGCGAGGAUGCAACUAAUGAACUGAAUGAGGCGAAAUCAGUUGUUGAAGCCCUCGAGUCUGAACAACUAUUGGCAAUUAAUGAGAUGGAACACCUAAGAAAAAGCAACAGUCAUUAUAUGGAGCUUUUGAGGGAGAAAGAGCUUGAAAUAAUGGCUUUGACUGAACAACUUUCUAGAAGGGAGUUAAGAGAUCACCCAUCUGAUCAUAUAAAGGGCGACGGCUCUACUUUACAGACAAAAUUGAAUAGGAUGCAAGGUUCCCUUGAGAAGGCAAAGAGACUGAAUAAAUGGUACCAAAAUGAUCGUACCUUUCAGGCAACCAAUGAAGAAGAGAUGGAUGCAGUUCGUAGGCAGGUAGAAGCUGAAACUGCUGAGGUUAUUGUCUGUAUGCAGGAAGAACUGUCCGUUCUUCAGAAGCAGGUCCAUGAUUGCCAUUCCAAAGAGAUGGAGACUAGAAAGUCUAUGGUGCUUCUCGAAACUGAAUUAAAAGAGCUUCAUGAGAAGUUUCUUCUCUUAGCUGAAGACAAUGAGCAGUUACAUGAACAGCUAGAGGGUAAAGAUGGGGAGUUGAAGAAAAUAUCUGAUGAAUGGGAAUUGUUAACCUGUGAGAUGACAGAAAUUCUUGCAGAUGGGCAUGAUGCAAUUACGCAUGUCUCAGAUCAGGUUGAUCUUAUCUCAAGUUCAUUUCCAGACAAAAGGAUUUGGAUUUCUGAACAGGUUGGCAUGCUUAUCAGAAUCAUCUCUGAAAAGGAGUUGUUGAUUGAAGAACUUGGCAACUGUUUAGAGGAAGCAAACAGUAAAAGAAACAACGUAGAGUGCAUGCUUAAGUCACUGAGAGGAGCAGCACUGGCAAUUAAUGAAGCUCAUCAGCAAGAGUGCAAGGAAAAGGAGGAAGAAGUUGUUCUGCUGAAAUCUUUGUUAAAAGAAAAAAUAUCUACUAUUGCAGAGCUGGAGGACCAGGUGAAGGUGGCAGAAGAUAAUGCUAGUAAAGCAUCAGUUUGUGCAACAGCUGCUUUUGUGAUUAUAAAUAGGCUGUCUGAAAUUAAUGGUAAUAAUCUAAUUGAAUUGAAGUACAAGGAUGUUCAACUUUGUGAAUUAACAGAUAUCAAUAAGAGGAAAGAUGAGCUUGUCAAUGGCCAGGCUGCUGCUAUCAAAGAGGCGGAGGAAAAGAGUGGACCUUUGGUUGUGGAACUAGUUGAUUUGAAAGAGACAUAUUCUAAACUUCAACAACGACUGUUGGAGGAGGAGAAGCGUGCCAAUGGUAUGGAACAGAAGCUUGACGCUCUUGAACAGAAUGACAUAUUGAAGACGAGAGAGAAACUAACUAUGCUGCAAACUGGUGUUUCAUCACUCAGGUCAUUCUCAAGCCUCUCUUUGAAGCAUGACAUAAGUCCUGAAAUGAAUGAACUAACAGGAACUUGUGAGCCUCUUGACAGCAGCAAUGGAGGGACAAAUGCCGGACAGGAGUUAAGAUCUGAAACAAGAAACAGUUCAUGCAGCAGUUCUGAAAAGUAUGAGUUUAACAAGGCUUCCAAGGACGUGUGUGAUCGAGAAGUUACUAUUAUUCUUCUCAAAAAAGAAAUAGAGUCUGCCCUUGAAAGUUUGCGAGACGUACAAGUGGAUGUGGCGAGACUACAUAGAGAGAAAGAAGAAAUACAGUUGGCUGAGAAACAUAGUCAAGAGAGCUGGAAAUGCAUCACAACUCAACUGCUUGCACUUCAAACAAUUAUGAGUAAGUUUGAAAAGAAGUUUGAACAGAAGAUAGUUGCUGCUAAUCAUAAGCUACAGGGGUUUGGACAAAUUGUCCAAGAAAUUGGAACUCGUUGGUGCCAAACAAAAGAGUUUCUUGAACUGGAAGUUGGUGAUGCCAUGAUAGUUGCUGCCCAAAAGGCAGCUGAAGCUUCUUGUAUAUUUGCCAAAUUUGAAGAGACCCAAGAUACCAUGAAAGAGGCAGAUAUCAUGAUCAAUGAACUGUUGAUAGCCAAUGAAACAAUGAAACUUGAUGUCAAAAGAUUGAAAAUGAUGGAAAUUACUGAAGCUAAAGAGAGGCUGCUGAACCAGGUUCAAACGGUUGAAACUGAAUGUGAAAUAUUUAUAAAGGAUUUGAAGACCAAAGAAACAGCUCUAGAAAGUGCUUUAGAGAGUGCUUCCAGUCAUAUAUGUAUUCUUGAUCAACAGAACCAGGAGAUGCAGAAGGACAUUUGCCUGUUGGAAACUUCAGCAAGCACACUUCGAAUUGAGCUGGACAAUAAAUUUGAAGAACUGAGCCGGAUGUGUUGCUUAGAAGAGGAAAACAAGGCACUUAAAGGUGAGAUCUUGAAAUGGGAAACAGAGAACAUUCUAGUUCUCAAAGAUUUGGAGACGAGGAAUUCUGAAAACACUGGUCUCCAGGCUGAACUACUAAGUAAGGAUGAUAUUAUGAAAGGCCUAUUGCUUGAUUUGAGCCUGCUACAAGAGUCGGCAUCUAAUACCAAGGAUCAAAAGGAUAAGAUUGAGGAAAUGAUGGCCUCCUUUAAGGCUUUGGAGGAUGAGCUUGUCGUGAAGUCAGCCGAGCUUGAUGAGGCUGUUGCCCAUAGUCAGAUGCUUGAAGCUCAAUUGCAAGAGAAGAUAGGAGUUAUCUCUGCUCUUGAGUUGGAUAUUGAAAAGGAAGUCGAUUCUCUUAAAAUGUCUACUUGUACUCAGAUUGAAGAAAUCUUAGAGGAAAACGAGGCACUUAAAGGUGAGAUAUUGCAGUUGAAAACAGAGAACAUUCUAGCUCUCAAAGAUUUGGAGAAGAGGAAUUCUGAAAACACCAGUCUCCGGGAUGAACUACUAAGUAAGGAUGAUAUUGUGAAAGGCCUAUUGCUUGAUUUGAGCCUGCUACGAGAGUCGGCAUCUAAUACCAAGGAUCAAAAGGAUAAGAUUGAGGAGAUAAUGGCCUCCUUUGAGGCUUUGGAGGAUGAGCUUGUCGUGAAGUCAGCCGAGAUUGAUGAGGCUGUUGCCCGUACUCAGAUGCUUGAAGCUCAGUUGCAAGAGAAGAUAGGAAUUAUCUCUGCUCAUGAGUUGAAUUUUGAAAAUGAGGGCAAGUCUCUGAAAUUGUCUACUUGUGAGAAUCAGGAGUUGAGAACUCAAGUAGGGGAGACCUUAGAGGAAAAUGAGGCACUUAAAGGUGAGAUCUUGAAGUUGAAAACAGAGAACAUUUUAGUUCUCAAAGAUUUGGAGAUGAGGAAUUCUGAAAACACAAGUCUCCAAGAUGAACUACUAAGGAAGGAUGAAAUUAUGAAAGGCCUAUUGUUUGAUUUAAGCUUGCUACAAGAGUCGGCGUCUAAUACCAAGGAUCAAAAGGAUAAUAUUGAGGAAAUGAUGGCCUCCUUUGAGGCUUUGGAGGAUGAGCUUGUCGUGAAGUCAGCCGAGCUUGAUGAGGCUGUUGCUCAUAGUCAGAUGCUUGAAGCUCAAUUGCAGGAGAAGAUAAGAAUGAUCUCUGCUCUUGAGUUGGAUAUUGAAACGCAGGCCAAGUCUGUGAAAAUGUCUACUUCUGAGAAUCAGGAGCUGAGAACUCAAAUUGAAGAAACCUUAGCUGCAAAAUGUUCUCUUGAGCAGGAGUUGACAGAGAGAAGAAAUCUGACAGAGAGCUUGGAGAUGGAACUCUUACAAUUGAGCAAUGCUUUUGGUCAAAUGAAUAGUACAAUUGAAUCUUUAAGGAAUGACUUUGAUGAACUUACUUCUGAGAGAGAUCAGCUUCAAGUAGAGCUUCAUAUUUUGAAAGAAAAACUUGUAAAUGUACAGGCUUGGGCUGAAGAGAAUGAAGCUAUUGCAUUGGAGGCUCAGCAGAUUGCUGAAUCUAAGAAGAUUUAUGCUGAUGAAAAGGAGGCAGAGGUGAAGCUGUUAGAGAGAUCUGUUGAAGAGCUAGAAUGCACUGUAAAUGUCCUGGAAAGCAAGGUUGACAUUCUUAAUGGAGAAGCUGAUCGGCAAAGAUUGCAAAGAGAGGAAAUAGAAGACGAGCUUCAUGCAUUAAAUCAUCAGAUGCAGAAUGUUAGAAGUGCCGACAGCGACAUGAAAAGUCUUUUAGAUGAGAGGGAGAAAAGCCUGGAAGAAUCCCUGAAGCAGUUACAAAUUCUUGAGAGGGAUAUAGCUAACAAAGAUGCAGAGAUUGCCGAAUGCAAGGCACAUAUCUCCGAGUUAAAUUUGCAUGCAGAAGCCCAGGCUAGCGAGUAUAAGCACAAGUUCAAGUCCUUGGAAGCAAUGGCUGAACAAGUAAAACCUGAAGCUCAUAUCUCCCACACUGCAAAUUCUUCAUCAAACAAGUUGGAGAAAAAUGCUGCCAAGUCCAGGGGAUCUGGUUCCCCCUUCAAAUGCAUUGGGUUGGGUUUGGCACAGCAAAUAAAAUCUGAAAGGGAUGAGGAGCUUUCUGCCGCUAGAUCGCAUGUUGAAGAGCUAGAAUCCCUUCUAGUAUGUCGACAGAAGGAGGUGUUUGCAUUAAAUGCAAGAUUAGCUACCGCUGAGAGCAUGACCCAUGAUGUUAUUCGAGAUUUACUCGGUGUGAAGUUAGAUAUGACAAAUUAUGCGUCCCUGUUGGAUAACCAGCAACUGCAGAAAAUAGCAGAGAAACAUCAACUUAGCUCAGAAUCUCAACCAAAGGAGGUUAUGAAGCUCAAACAGCAGCUCAAUGAAUUUAUUGAGGAGAGGCGAGGAUGGCUAGAGGAAAUAGAUCGCAAACGGGCUGAGAUGGUGGCAGCACAAAUUGCAUUGGAAAAGUUUCAUCAGCGAGAUCAGUUGCUCAAAGCUGAAAAUGAAAUGUUAAAGAUGGAGAAUGUAAAUAAUAAGAAGAGAGUGAUGGAACUUGAAGGUGAAGUAAAGAAGCUAUCUGGACAGCAAAACAUCCAGCAGCGCAUUCAUCAUCAUACAAAAAUCAAGGAAGAGAACAAUAUGCUUAAAACUCAAAAUGAAGACCUCACUGCUAAGCUGAAGCGCACUGAGAAUAUGUUCUCACGAGUGAAAGAAGAACUUGCACAUUAUCGCAAUUCAAUUGGAAAAAGUUCCUACAUAGACUUCGAUGAGGAACACCAACUAAUGAACAAGUUAAAGGAAACCGAGGAUGAUAGGAUGCAAAUAGCACAAAAGUUGCUAGGCUUGUGCACCAGCAUUUUGAAGGCAGCAGGAGUAACAAAAUCUGCAUCCAAUAUAACCCCUGCGGUGGCCGAAGAGGCACUUGAGCAAAUGAAAAACAGACUCACUUCAAUGGAAAGAGAAUGCCAGGAUUUGACGUUUAAGAAUAGGAUUAGCAACGAAAGAAUUAGAUUAUCUGAGCUAAUGCCUCAAGUCUCACCACCACCACCACCACCAAACUCAAGGAUGGAUGAAAAUUGUCAAACUCCAAGACGAACCCAAAACUCAUUUCUAUCAGCAUUAGACAGGUAGUAUUCACCUGUCUAAGCGAAAGGGAAUGCAGAGUUUAACAUUAUAAGCCAAGCUUUGAUGAUGUAUUUAAUUGCUUUCAUUUUUCCUGGUUGAGAGCUGUAUAGCAUAUUGUUUUCUCAAGCUGUAUAUCAGUCAUUUUUGUUGUUGUGCAGUUUUAUCAUGUACAUAAACAAACACUCAAUAGCUCAAUGAAAAUUGAUUUUUGUGCAAGUA